GCAAUGACGUCGAUUACUUUUUUUUCAGUGUAAGAGGUAUUCCUAAUGUCGGGAUUUGCGAACGGAAGUAUAACUUUGGACGAGGAGCGGGACGUCUAUUAUGCCGGUCAAGUAUUGUCAGGAAAGCUUGAGUUUGGAAUCAAUCAGCCACUUCAAUUCAAGGCCAUCAACAUAGUGUUUCAUGGUGAAGCCAACGUGUCUUGGGAGGAAACAGAGGUGGAAGAGUAUGAUGGAAUGCGGAGUUACAACAACAUACAAUAUGGCGGUGAAGAGGUGUUCUUCCAUGUAGAGCAAUGUGUCUGUGGAGGUGUUGGUGUAUCUCAGCUACAGCCCGGUAGCCACCUCAUUCCAUUCCGGUUCCAAAUACCGCCCACAGUGCCUUCGAGCUUUGGUACAGGACAUGAUGAUGAAGAGAGAACCAUUUAUUACUUUGUCAAGGCAGUUCUCGAGUACCACGAUGGUCGUGCAAGCGAGGAGUUGGAAAAUUAUUUCGAAGUUGUGGUGCCACUGGAUUUGAACCUCAACCCGGAGAUGCAGGUAGAAAACGAGGUUAUCUUCGAGGAAGUCAUCAGCUCCUGUUUCUGCGGCUCAGGGCUACUCAAGGUGACCGUGACGCUGCCGGCUACCGGCUUUGCCCCUGCCAUGGUGAUGCCUAUUGCUGUCAAAGCUGACAACCAGAGCUCGGUGGAGAUCACCAAGAUACUCUUCGAGUUGGUUCAGAGGGUCAAAUACUUCAGCACGGACCCACCGUCAAAAAAAGAAGAACCGGAAACCAGGCUUGAGUACUCUAAAACCGGUGCCGUUCCAGCCAAGACGAGGAGGAACUUCGAACACAACUUCCAGAUACCGGACUUAAUACCGGUUAUCACACAGAACUGUAAUACCAUCAAAGUGGGCUACUUUUUUAAGAUGAAAUUAGUCCUCAGCGGCUGUAACGACGAUCUAGACGACGAAAUGGAAAUUUGUCUCGGCCAAAUUCCCAUACGAGAAAUGAUAGACGGCGACUACGUACAUCCCCUACAAAGUGACUUACCUAAAGGCCCUAUACCCCAUCCAGGAGAACCACCUAUAGAAAUACCCCCUUAUGUAUAUCCGUCACAGACUUUACAAGUUAUUUCUAAUUAUACUGUAAGUGCUUAUGCGUAUCCUAAUCAAAAUCAACCUUACCCUGGUCAUGGUGUUAAUCCUAGCACUGGCGCGAACCCACCUUAUCCUGGUGGAAUCCCACCUUACCCAGGUGGUAACCCUAUUGCUACCCCGAACCCACCUUAUCCUGGCGGAUACCCACCACCUGGCGUCCCUGGACCUAACCCUCCCUAUCCUAGUAACCCUGCCCCUGUGAUAGGGUUUGUGGCCAGUCCAGUGUACCCUGUUGCUACGGGAACCUCUACGCCUUACCCUGUUGCUACGGGAACCUCUACGCCUUACAAUCCAAGCGCGCCUCCGGAGUAA